AUGGCGGACGAAAACAACUUGCAAAUUCGAAACCAAGAAGCUGCUAUAACUAGCAAAAGAGCCAGAUUUUUACAAUUUAUUGGACUUUUUAUUCCUCCUUCAGGGUUUUUUGGACAAACUUUGACUCGUGCUGUGAUUGUCAUCCUCAGCUGGGCAGUUUUAUGGUCCAUUCUUGGUGCUGAACUUCUACCAGGAGGCAACAUCUUCGGAAUUUUCAACGUGAUAGUGCUUGCCGCUUUAGGUGGCUUUAUGACCAGAAAAAUCUCUAAAGGCACCUUGCCUUCGCUACUAGGAAUGCUUGUUGUUGGAUUCAUUUUACGUAAUGUGCCAGGGAUCAAUGUAGCGCGCCAUAUUGACAAGAAAUGGUCAGCAACUUUGCGCAGUAUGGCGCUUGUUGUAAUUCUUACGCGAUCAGGUUUGGAACUGGACCCAGGAGCUUUGCGGCGGCUUAAAUUCACUGUAAUUCGCUUGGCUUUUUGCCCAUGUAUUGGAGAGGCCAUCACGGUGGCUGUUGUUGGUAAACUGUUAUUAAACAUGCCUUGGCUUUGGGGGUUUCAACUUGGGUUUGUUCUUGGUGCUGUCACACCAGCUGUUGUAGUUCCCCAGCUUCUCACUUUGCAGCAGAGAGGUUUUGGUGUUGAACAAGGAAUCCCCACUUUAGUUAUGGCUGCAUCAUCAUUUGAUGAUGUCAUUGCUAUAAGUUUGUUUGGAGUUUUUCUUGGAAUUGCAUUUUCAGAAGGAAACAUAGUGUUCAACAUCUUCAGAGGUCCUAUUGAGCUGUUAAUGGGUGCUGUAUUUGGAAGCUUGGUUGGAAUUUUGUGCUGGUUCUUACCAAACAAAUAUGAGCAAGACAGAUCACGUAACAGAUUUGUGAUUCUCCUUGGCUGUGCCAUGUUCUCAGUGUUUGGCAGUAAUAUGGCUCAGUUUUCAGGAGCAGGAGCCCUUGGUGUUCUUGUUCUAGCUACAGUAGCAUCACAUGGUUGGGGAGACAUUGAGAAGGCUCCAAUUGCUGAUGCUAUGGCUGUAGUUUGGGAAUUCUUUCAGCCUCUGCUGUUUGGUUUAAUUGGUGCAGAAGUCAGAAUUGAAUACAUGGAUAGCACACUUAUUGGAAAAGCAUUUGGUUUACUCACCAUAGCAAUGAUAGUUAGACUGAUUGUAACAUUCUUUGUUGUAUCUGGAAACAAUCUCAGCAUAAGGGACAAGAUUUUUGUUGCUAUAGCUUGGUCUCCAAAAGCAACUGUGCAGGCUGCCAUUGGCUCAGUAUCACUGGAUAUUGCUAGGGAACGAGGUUUCACAGGAUUGCAUCAAGAGGAACUUGGAAUUCAGAUCUUAACCAUAGCUGUGCUGUCCAUUCUCCUCACUGCUCCAACUGGCGCAGUGGGAAUUGCCAUUUCUGGCCCUCGAUUGUUACGCAGUGCGGUAGAAACACAAGAGAUUGGGAGCAAAAGAGAAGUGGAACCAAUUCUUGAGGGACAGGGUGCAGGGUUUGAAGAAAUGAAUACUAAUGUGUAAUGUGGCUUUACAUUGAUCAGUACGGAGAAAAAAAAGAGCUAAGAAACAAUUAGUAAUGGAAGAGAGAAACAAACAAUGGGAGAGAGAGAGAGGAAAAGGGCUGUUUUUUUGCCACAUUGUGGUCUGGUCCUUCUACUCAAAGAACAAAAGGAAAGGUUGGGUAUUUAUGACUAUGUCAAUCCUUGGUCUUUAUCAAUUGUUUGAUAAUUUUGAUCAAAGAGAGUCUGGCAUCAUUGUGACAGCUUAUCCCAAGGGCCUGAUGCAAUACAUGGGACUGGGACUGAGAAGGACAGAUUGGUAUCACUAGCAAUCUCUUAUUAAAAGAAAAAAUUGUUAUUGGGAUGUGGACAAAAAAAG